GCUCCGGCCGCCCUUUGCGCUUGGAUCCACUUCCCCAUCUGUAACGAGGUGUUGAGACGAGGCGGAGUUGACCUGGAAACCUCUCCUUGGCCACUGUCCUUUCUAAGGAACUCAUUUCCAGAGUCCACCAGCACAGAACUGGUGGGGGAGCCUACUAGGAGCAGAGAAAAUGGCCAUCUUCAGGCAGCUGUCCCUAGGUGCGAAGGCCACCCUGGCUGCUGUCACUGUCUUCGUGUCCAUGAUCGCCUCCCGCUCGUAUCUGGCAGAGAGCCUUGAGCUCAGGGCCUGGCGUUGGCUGCUUCGCUUGCAGCUUGCCCUGUUUGUCAACUCGCUCUUGCUCAUUGGCUCCCUCUACAUUUGGCGCAGCACAGUGAGCAACCUCUGCCACUCCCCAGCUGCAGAGUCAACCUGUUUUCAGCUUUGGAAGGUGGUGGUUCUGGCAUUUCUGGCCCUGGCCCAUUCCAGUUUCUUUACCAUGUUCUUUUUAGUGGCCGAAGAGCCCUAUCUCUUUUCCUUGGCGGCCUACUCCUGCCUGGGUGCUUACAUCAUCAUGCUCUUCUUCCUCUGCAUCCUCAGCGGCAUGGAGCAGGCCUACCAGCUCUUGGCCUGGCGCAGUGGUAGGGUCGUGGGCAGCCUUGACAAGACAAGGAAGCUCGUGCUCAGGCCUGCCCUGGCAGUGGGAGUGACUGCUGUGCUCAGCGUGGCCGGGAUUCUGAAUGCCGCGCAGCCCCCGGCUGUGAAAACUGUGGAGGUGCCCAUCCAUCAGCUGCCUGCCUCAAUGAACAACCUCAAGAUCGUGCUCCUCUCAGACAUUCACUUGGGCCCCACAGUGGGCAGGACCAAGAUGGAAAUGUUUGUGAGGAUGGUGAAUGUGCUGGAACCAGACAUCACGGUGAUUGUGGGUGACCUCUCCGACUCAGAAGCCUCGGUCCUGCGGACGGCUGUCGCUCCUCUGGGCCAGCUUCAUUCACGUCUCGGUGCCUACUUCGUCACAGGCAAUCAUGAGUACUACACGUCAGAUGUCAGCAACUGGUUUGCACUUCUGGAAUCCCUGCAUGUCCAGCCUCUUCAUAAUGAGAACGUGAAGAUUUCCGCCACACGGGCCCAACGUGGUGGUGGUGGCAGUGGCGGUGGGAGUGAGGAUGAGGACUGGAUCUGCUUGGCCGGGGUGGACGAUAUUGAAGCAGACAUCCUGCACUACUCUGGCCAUGGCAUGGAUCUUGACAAGGCCCUGGAGGGCUGCAGCCCAGACCACACAAUCAUCUUGCUAGCUCACCAGCCCCUGGCUGCCAAGAGAGCUCUCCAGGCUCGGCCAGAUAUUAACCUGAUCCUUUCUGGGCACACACAUGCUGGGCAGAUCUUCCCCUUGAACGUAGCAGCCUAUCUCCUGAAUCCCUUCUUUGCUGGUCUCUACCAGGUGGCACAGGCUACAUUCGUGUAUGUCAGCCCAGGCACAGCCUACUACGGGAUACCCAUGAGGCUGGGUAGCAGGGCCGAGAUCACAGAGCUCAUCCUGCAGCGGUCUCCCUGAACUGGCCCUGCCCUGUGCGCCUCUGCCCUGCCCUUGUCCUCGAACCUCCGUCCUGCUUCAGAGUGGUUUGCCUGCUUUUCCCCUCCAGCCUUGCCCACUCAUCCUUGCCUACACACCCUUGGUCACAAGCCUGACUCAAACAGUGACUUAUGGUGGGCCUGCCUGGCAUGUUCAGGCUGGUUUAACUGUUUCCUUGGCCAGUUGCUUUUUUUGAUGCACUUGUGAGAUCACUAAGGUCACACAUAUGAGCACUCCCCUCUAUUUUCCAGAUGGUGUGGAAUGGGGACCUUCUCCUGCAGAGCUCCCAGGGAUGAACCUCCCCUCGGGGUUGCUAGAAAGGAAUACCUCUAGAAGGUGGGGCCGGGGAGGAGCAGGAGCAUUUUUCUCCUGGUGUUUUAAAAUUGUCUUUAGGACUUAAGUGGUUUCCAGAAUCAUUGAUCCAGAGCCUUUCUGGGGAAGGGGCAGUGUUGCCACCAGGGGUAGGUAAUUUGGGAGAACAGGCAAGAUGGAAGGGCCCUCUGGCUGCUAGAGAAGAAUAUUUUCUUUUCCUCUGAUUCUAUCAGGAUCACCUCUAUUGAGGGCAUCAGCAAAAUCUACUGGAAUGCAAAGCUCCUCCUGUUCCAGGCCUUGAGGGAUGCUAUUUAACUGUCUGUGCUCCUGGGCCUUUGGGGGCAAGGUCAGGGGAGAAGAACGGUGGGCGCCAUGGUCGGUGAUGGUGAGAACAUGGCUGCUUAGGAAUUCAGAGGGCUUUGCCUCCCUUGUCUCAUUUUAUACAACCCUUCGGGGAGCUCAUUGGGGACAGGCUGCUUUUCAAGGCAAAGAGAGAUAGGGCACAGGCAGUAUGACAAGAUGUGUAGGAGAUUUGGGGCUAGAAACCAGGUCUUGUACCUCCCAGUAAAAGCGGUGCUUUUCCACCAUGUGGUCAUUAAGUAGCUGCAUCUGUUGCAGGUGAGUGCAGGAUUCAAAUGCAGUUCACCAAUUCACAGUGCAAAGAGAACGAACAAGGGCCUAGGACCCCAUGCUCUUUCAAAGUGGUUUGCUUGAGGCUGAUUUCACCUUACCCAUACCUACAUGGACCGGAGCCUGGAAGGGAGUCAGCUAGUUUCAGUGUAGGAUGUCUUACAUUUGAAGAAGAGUCAGGAAACUGGAACCCUCUACCUCCGACCCCAGGUUUGAGUUCGAUUUUUCUGUGAGCAGCUGGGUUCACUCUGUCAGUGGGAGAGAUGAGGCCUGCAUGGGAGUGGCAGUGCUGUGUGCCUCUGGCAGGGCCUGCAGACUCCUCUCCGUGGGCCUGGCUGUGGAAUGCAGAGACUGUUCUUCCUGCUAGGUGGCUUCCAACCCACUUGCCUGACCCUAUAAAAGCUGCCCUUGGGCUCUGGCCAUGAAAUGAUAGGGCCAUCCCUGCUGGCUUCUAGACCCAUAGAAAAACCAGGCAGGGAUUAUGAUGUCUGAGUGACCCUGUUGGCCUGGCCCUUUUGCCAGAAGCAACAGAUCCUUUGAUCCUGAGAUGGAGAUAAGCACCCGUGUUAGAAAAGGCCUCACUGAGAAGACAGGGCUGGGCUGGUUUCCUGCUGGGUGAUUUAGGCUUGUGAUGGAAAGUCUUCCUCCGAUGGGGAGUGAAGACAUGGCUCUGACUGGAGAGGCUAACCCUGCUGCUCACUAGUAGGGCAGCGUUGGGUGGGUGACUUUCCCUCACUCAGCCUUGGUUUCCAUCAACCCUAAAAUGGGGAUAAUUAUCGUAUCUACCUCAAGAUUGUUUUGUCAGGAGGGAUCCAUCAAGCCUUGUGCAUGAGUUCCACAUGGCACAGCGUGCACAGUAAACACUCAAUGUUAAUUUUUCAACGUUCCAGUGGAGCUUGCUAAGGAACUCUGUUGGGCACAGGUGCCCAGAGGAUUCAUGGAGCAGCCAGUCCUGGGGAAUGUGAGUGGGUAGUGAGCUGCCUGCUGCUGGGGCAGGUGAUGUGUCAAAGCAGCAACUGCUAGGGGUUUGCCUUCCUCCCCUCGUGCGCAUUCUGGCAGGCAAAGGGGGUUUCUUCCUUUGCUCCUUGUCCUCCUGGCGUAUAGUGGGGUUCUGGGGGAUCUGGAGACCACCCUUUUUGUUCCCAGGCAGCCACGGUAUUGACAGUGGGCCAUCCCAUGCAGUUUAAAAUGUAUCUUUGAGUUGAAAUUUUGGUGGUUUCCUUAUUCUUUUUUCUCUCUUCACUGUCCUUCCAAACUCACUUUUCUUGUGUCCUGACCGCAUUUUGUGAAUCAUCCUUACUCCCUUUAAGUUCUCGCUUUGGAUUUCACCAGGUGGGCUAGAUGGUGCCAUUUCACUUCCACUGUUUGAUGCGGCUGGUAAUGUUUGACUCACCUGUUACGUGUUAUUUCACUGGUUUCUUGAUUUUACAUCUUUCUCAUCAGUGACCUGGGCUUGAUGAAAUUAGCUUUCAUUAAGUCCUUUUUUUUUUUUUUUUAAAUUUUGCAUCCUUACCUCUUUUCUUUCUCUUGAAUGCCAUCAUUGUGUGGUCUUAUGUACCCUUCAUCCACUCUGAAGUCCUUGCUUGACUGAUUGCUUUCUAUUAGCAGAAAGAAAACAGGUCCAUUCUAUGUAUCUGAGAAACAACAUCAACACCCUCUCGUAUGUGGUUUGUAUUCCCUGACGCGGCGGACAUUUUUGCAGCAGAAAUUUCUCCAUCACUGUCCAGAUUCUGGCCCUGGUGGGCAGGUCUCCAUGACACCUUUAGUCCCUCUGUUCAACAUUCUUAAACCAUUGACCUUUUUGUUUGUUUGUGGCUGGGGGAGGUGGUGAGAAACGUUACUUGAAGCUUGAUCAUUCUUUCAAUUUCAUUUCUUUCUUUAUUUUUAAUCUGUUAGAUGCAAAUUGAAAUGCAAUGCUUUUUGAAAAUUAGCAAUAGUGUCUGUAGUAUAUGAUGCUGUCACAAAAUCUCAAUAAAUUGAUCCUGCUGCCAUUCCUUCCAAAUACCCAUCCAUGCUUUUCUUCCCCUCGUGUUUUGUUUGGUUUGUUUUAAACUUUUCGUACAUGUACCUCUCUCCCAGCUUUAACAAGCAUGACGAGACCAUUCUGCCAUCCUUUCUCAGCUACCCCUGCCCCACCCAUACUCUUUAUUUUUUGGCUGGAGUAUAUUAAGGUAAAUCAUAGAAAACAUAAUGUUACCCCAAAAUUACUUCAGUAUGAAUCCUUUUUCAAAAAGCAUAGCUAUAGUGUCAUUAUCAUAUCCAAUGAAAUUAACAGUGAUUCUUGAAUAUCAUCUAAUAGCUAGUUAGGAGAUUUGGGGCUAGUAGCCAGAUUUUUUACCUCUUUAAACAGAAGUGUUCUUUCCACUGUCUGAGUAUUAAGUAGUUGUAUCUGUCACAAACGAGUACAGAAUUCAAAUGCAAUUAACUGUGUGAAGAGUUAGUGUUUAGUUUUUCCUGAUUAUCUCAACUAUAUUUUUUAUUGUAGCAAAAAAAUUACUAUCUUAACCAUUUUUUUUUGUUCUUUUUGUUGUUGUUGAUCUUAACCAUUUUUAAGUGAAUAGUUCAACAGUGUUAGGUAUAUUCACAUUGUUGUGAAAUUGAUCUAAUUGAUCUGUAGAACUUUUUCAUCUUGCAAAUCUAUAUACCCAUUGAGCAACAAGGCUCCAUUUCCCCCUUCCUCCAGCCCCUGGUGACCACAAUUCUACUUUCUGUUUCUAUGAAUUUGACUGCUUUAGAUACCUCGUAUAAGUGAAAUCAUGCAGUUUUUAUCUUUUUGUGGCGGGCUUAUUUCAGUUAGUAUAAUGACCUUAAGGUUGUGGCACGUGACUGGAUUUCUAUCCUUUUUAAGGCUGGACUACAGUAAUAUUCUGUUGUAUUUUCAUGCCACAUUUUGUUUAUCCAUGUUGAGCAUGUUUUCAUGGGCUUGUUGGCCACCUGUAUACCUUCUUUGGAGAAAUGUCUAUUCAAGUCCUUUGCCUAUCUUUAAAUCAGGUUAUUUAAUUUAUUGUUGUGGAGAUGUAGGAGUUCUUUAUAUAUUCUGGACAUUAGCCCCUUAUCAGAUACGUAAUUUGCAGAUAUUUUCUUCAGUUCCGUACAUUGCCUUUUCACUGAUUGUGACCUUUGAUGCACAGAGUUUUAAAGUUUAAUGCAGGCCCAUUUCUCUAUUUUUGCUUUUAUUUUGGCAUCAUAUCCAAGAAAUCAUUGCCAAGUUCAAUAUCAUGUAGCUUUUUUUCCCAUGUUUUCUUCUAGGAGUGUUAUAGUUUUGGGUCUUAUGUUUAGGUCUUUAACCCAUAUUGAAUUAAUUUUUGUGUAUGGUGUAAGAUAAGGGUCCAACUUCAUUCUCUUGCCUGUGAAUAUCCAGUUUUCCCAGCACUGUUUUCUGAAGAAAUUGUCCUUUUCUAACAUCAACAGGUCUUGGCAUCUUUGUUGAAAAUCAUUUGACCAUAUACACAAGAGUUUGUUUCUUGGUGUUCUAUUCUCUCUCAUUGCUCUAUUUGUCUUUAUGUCAUUACCAUGCUAUUCUGAUUACCAUAGCUUUGCAAUAUGUUUUGAAAUCAGGAGGUAUGAGUCUUUCAACUUUGCUCUUCUUUUUCAAGACUUUUGUCUAUUUGGUGUCUGUUGAGAUUCCAUAUGAAUUUUAGGAUAAAUUUUUCUAUUUCUGCAAGAAAUGCUAUUGGGAUUUUUAUAGGGAUUGUGUUGAAUCUGUGAAUCACUUUGGGUAGUAUGAACAUCUUAACAAUAUGAACCUUCCACUCCAUGAACAUAGGAUGUUUUUUCCAUUUGUUUGUGUCUUCUUUAAUUUCUUUUUAACAGUGUUUUGUAGUUUUCAGUGUAGUCUUUCACCUUAGUUAGGCCUAUUUCUAAGUAUUUUAUUCUUUUUGAUGCUUUUAUAUAUGGAAUUUUUUGAAAUUCCAUUUAGGAUUGUUCAUUUUUAGUGUAUAGAGAAGCAACUGAUUUUGGUGUGUUGCUUUUUGUAUCCUGCAACUUUGCUGAAUUCAUUUAUUAGUUCUAACAGUUUGUGUGUGUGUGUGUGUGUGUGUGUGUGUGUGUGUAGUCUUUAGGGUUUCCUACAUCUAAGAUUAUAUCAUCUGUGAAUAGAUCAUUUUACUUCUCCUUUCUAAUUUGAAUGCCUUUUAUUUCUUUCUUGCCUCGUUGCUCUGACUAGGACUUCCAAAACUAUGUUGAGUAGAAGUGGCAAAAAUAGACAUCUUGCCUUGUUCCUGAUCUUAGAGGAAAAGCUUGCAGUCUUUCACUAUUGAAUAUGAUGUUAGCUAUGGGCUUUUCACAUGUGGGCUUUAUGAUGUGGAGGUAGUUUUCUUCUAUUUUGCAUUUGCUGAGUUGUUGGUUUUUUUCAAUCAUGAAAGGGUAUUGAAUCUUGUCAUGCUUUCUCUGCCUCAAUUUAGAUUAUCAUGUGGUUUUUGCCCUUCAAUCUGUUAAUUUGGUGUAUUAUAUUGAUUGAUUUUUAUAUGUUAAACCAUUCUUGCAUUUUAGGAAUAAAUCCCACUUGAUCAUAGUAUAUAAUCCUUUUAAUGUACUGUUGAAUUCAGUUCGCUAGUAUUUUGUUGAGGAUUUUUGCAUCAGUAUUCACCAGGAAUAUUACUGUUCUGUAGUUUUCUUGUAGUGUAUUGUCUGGCUUUGGUAUUAGGAUAAUAUUGGUCUCAUAGAAUAAAUUUAGAAAUGUUCCUCCUCUUCAACUUUUGUAAGAGUUUCAGGAGGAUUGGUAUUAAUUCUUCUUUAAAUGUUUGGUAGAAUUCUCCAGUGAAGCCAUCUGGUUCUAGGUUUUUCUUUGAGUGUGUGUGUGUGUGCACGUGUGCAUGCUGAGACAUGGUCUUGCUCUGUCGCCGGGGCUGGAGUGCAGAGGCAUAAUCUUGGGUCACUGCAACCUCCACCUCCCAGGUUCAAGCGAUUCUCCUUCCUCAGCCUCCCAAGUAGCCAGGACCACAGGCACACGCCACCACACCCGGCUAAUUUUUGUAUUUUUAGUAGAGACGGGGUUUCACCAUGUUGGCCAGGCUGGUCUCAAACUCUUGACCUCAAGUGAUCUGGCCGCUUCCCCCUCCCAAAGUGCUGGGAUUACAGGCGGGAGCCACCGUACCCGGCCUCUUUGAGGUUUUUGAUGACUGAUUCAAUCUUUUUAAUAGCUAUUGGUCUGUAUAGAUUUUCUGUUUCUUCAUGAUUCGGUCUUGGUGGGCUGGGUGUGUCUAGAAAUUUAUCCAUAUCUUCUAGGUUAUCCAAUUUGUUGGCAUACAGUUGUUCAUGCUAUUCUCUUACAAUCCUUUAUUUCUGUGUCAUCAGUUAUAAUGUCCCCUCUUCAUUUCUGAUUUAUUUAUAUCUUUUUUUAAAUCUAGUUAAGUUUGUCAAUUUUGUUGAUUUUUUUUUCAAAAACCAACUGUUUUUUUUCCUACUAUCUUUCUAUUCUCUUUUGUUUAUUUCUGCUCUAACAUUUUAUUUCCUUUUGCUAGCUUUGGGUUUAUUUUUUUCUUCUUAUGGAAUUGUCUUUUUAUAGUUAUUUUGUUUGAAACAGGAUCUAAAAAUAGGUCUAUAUUUUGCCUGUGGUGUAUUUCUUCAGUCUCCUUAAGUCUAUAACAUCCCCUUUUCCUUAUUUUUUGUCAUUUAUUUGUUCAAGUUAUCUGGGUCAUAUGUCUUAAAAUUUUAUACAUUUUAGAUUUUGGUGUUAUUUAACAUGUUCAUAUUUUCUGUGAGCUCAUAGAGCUAAAGCUCUCUAAAGGUUAGAGCUAGAGGCUGGAUGGAUUCAGGUUCAACUUUUUCGCUUUUUGGGUAGGAAGAAUUCAUUGCUUCACUGAUAUUAAGAUUGACCUGUUGGUCCAGGUGUUGUCAGCUUGAUCCCUCUGCUAGAAAAUUCCGCAUUGUCUUUCCAUUUAAUGUUUCAGCAGUCAUUGGUGAUUGUUGCCUAAUGUCAUUAUUUCACUAAAGAUUGCAAAAUGGUGAUUUGUAAAAUUCUACCCUUUUUUUCCUGCAUUUACUGGCUAUGGAUCCUUUACAAAGAACUCUCCUCAUCGAUUGUGUGGUUACUCUGAAAAAGCCUAUAACAAAGGCAAGACAGAUACCAGAUUCUUUCACUUGAUUCGUUAGUUUAUGGCAUAAUGAUCUGAUACCACAGCAACCUCCAAGAAUGACCAAUAAGCUUUUCUUCUGGGUGGGUGAAAUAUUGUUAGGAAUUUAGAUAUUUAGAUAUUUUAGAUAUCUGAUGUUUUUUAGUUCAUCAAAGUGUUACAUCUUUUAAUACUCAAAAUAGCCCAUCUUUGGCCAGUUGGGACCUUUUCAUUUUUCAUUUUUUACUUUUUAGAGUCUUAGUCUUGCUCUGUUGUUCAGGCUGGAGUGCAGUGGUGUGACUGUAACUCACUGCACUCUCAAUUUCCUGGGCUUAAGCGAUACACUCACUUUGGCCUCCAGGUAGCUAGGACUACAGGCAUGCACCACCACCACCACUCCUGGCUCUUUUUUUUUUUUGGUAGAGACAGAGUCUCUCUUUGUUGCCCAGGCUAGUCUCAAACUCCUGGCCUCAAGCAGUCCUCAGCCUCCCAAAAUGCUGGGAUUACAGGUGUGAACCACUGCACUUGAGCUGGUUGGAGCCCUGUCAUCUUGUCAUUUUGAUGAGACCCUAAUAGUUUGUUUUUUUUUUUUUUUAAUCUAGCCCUGUUUUGUACAUCUUAUGCCACAGACUUGGAUUAACUAAUUUCUUGAAGAAGCAGCUUUGGUUACUUUUAGUGGGAAAUGUUUGCAGAUCACAAUUUAGGGGCUAUAUGGGUUAGAUUGCUUAGAUUAGAUUGCUACCCGCUGAUAUCAUUUCCAAACUGUGUCUUUGGGUAUUGCUAGGAAAUGCAAUACUUUUUUAGAGAGAAAAAAAUGAUAAGUGUAUACUAGUAUUUACAAUUCAAAUAAGAGAUUAUGGAUUUUAUUGUUUUUUAAUGGACUAUAUUUUUUAGAGUAGUUUUAGCCUUAUAGCAAAAUUGAGUGGAAGGUACAGAGAUUUUCCUGUAUCUCCUGAUUAUGGGGUUCUUAAUUUUGUUUGAUUUUAUGUUUGUUUCUCUCUCUCUCUCUCUCUCUUUUUUUUUUUUUGAAACAGACUCUUGCUCUGUCACUCUGAUUGGACUGCAGUGGCACCAUCACUACUCACUGCAGCCUGAACCAUUCUGGGCUCAAGCAAUCCUCCCACCUCAGCCUCCCAAGUAGUUGGGACCACAGGCAUGUGCCAGCAUACCCAGCUAACUUUUGUUUAUUUUUUAUAGGGAUGGGAUCUCAUUUUGUUGUCCAGGCUGGAACUUCUGGGGUCAAGCCAUCCACCCGCCUCAGCCUCCCAAAGUGCUGGGAUUACAGGCAUGAGCCACUGCACCCAGCCUGUUUCUCUUUUACACCGAAAAAAUUGGUUCUUAGUAACUUAAUGUAGUUACUUACUUCUUUUAUCCUACUACAUAUAUAAUAGAACCAAAAUAGUAAUGUCAAUGUGGUUAUUAAGAUGAAGUCUACUGAAUGCAGUUUGCUUUUGUUUUUUUCCCUGAAUGCAGUUUAAGCUGUAUUUUUAUCCUUAGGCCAAAUAUGGUCAAUGUAGUGUGGAAAGUUAGGUCUGUAUGUUUUUAAUUUUAAAGAAAUUACAUAUUUUUUAAUUUAAUUUUUAUUUUUUUAAACUGCACAUUUACCUUUUCUCUGAGAUGAGGGGGCACAUUUAAAUCUGUGCAUGUCCAGAGUCCGUGAGGAUUGGGAAUCAGUCCAAAGCUGUGCUCGCUUCUCCUCUUCCAUUGCGAUUUGCCUUCUUUAUCCAGUCUUUUGGAAUGCUGAACAAAAAUGUUUUUGGCACAAGGCAGGCAUGAAAACAUAAAGUUAAUAAAAAUCGAAUGCAUAAGCUAGAGCAGAUUAUCCACAGAUUCUUCCAUCUCCAUAUAGAUUAUCACCAUUGCCUGCACCUGUUUUCCUUCUCCAGCCUAUCUGAUGGAAUGGUGCUUCCAUGACAUGUGGUAUUUGGAAGGCUCUUAGCUCUGAUGUAAUCAGGGUUUGACCCAUAGUCACCUGAAAUAUUUCUUCUGUUUCUCUUUGUUCUAUGAACUGAAGGGUCUGAGAAGCCCAUGUUAUGCAAAUACCCUUCCAUCCCCUUCCCUCUCCCCUUGCCUCUAUCCAUGUUCCCUCAGCCUCAGGGUGCUUGCAGGCUAAGAGGAUUGGGUCUCUGGCAUCCUGGAGCUGAACACCUCGUGUCAGGAAUUCCCCAGGCCCUUGAGUCUCUGGGGUGAGUUGUAGGGGUGUGUAGGGUGCUGGGGAUUAAGAUCUGCUGAGUAGGUGCUUACCAGAGUUAUACUGAAGGACCUGAAGACAGAUCAUCUUCACAUAAUCAGCAUGACCCAUAAUCUGUGAUGUCACUGAGCUUCUUUUAUUUCUGUAGUCAAGGAAUGUGCACAAGUAAUGCAAAUAUAAUUACUUUUAGUCCUGAGGAUUAGGGAACUUGGGGGAUGUUCACAUUACCUGAUGAUGUCAAUAUUGUGUUAUGUUUAAUUGUUUAAAAAAAGAGAUGCUUAUUUAUUACUGAAAUAAUCUAAACUGAAUAAAUAACUUUUUAAAAAAUUACAUUGGCCAGUAUUAGGUUCCUGAUACAUAUUUGGUGUUUUGUUUGUGCUGCUGGGUUUUUUUCCCUCCAGUAUUGGAUGCGUUAACGGGGAGCCUUGAGAAGUUAUGAAUUUUGGUUUGUUCGGAAUUGCUUUUUAUAAGUUUUCUGUGACCUCAUGCACUAAAUACUGAUGCUACCACACUCCUGCAAGUAUGAAAUAAAAGUAUGUCUCUUCAGUAUUGCA